AUGUCCAAGGAACACACGUCUCUGCCCAUGCAGAACCUCUCGAUCGAUGAAAAGGGCGGCCACGAUCCCAUCACCGGCCACCGCCUGCCCUCGGUCGGCACGCCCGGCGCCAGCGGCAUGGGCGUCCAGGGCCCCUCGAGCGGCGGUAUCCUCCCCGGCGGCGCAUCCCAGCGCGACAAGAAGAAGAUUCACCCCGCGCUCAUCAUCGCCAUCUGGAUCGCCCUCUCGAGCAGCGUCAUCAUCUACAACAAGUUCGUCCUCGACAAGGAGCAGCUCAACUUCCCCUUCCCCGUCUUCCUGACGACGUUCCACAUGGCGUUUGCCACUGUCGGCACGCGGAUGCUGGCCCGCUUCACGCACCUCAUGGACGGCCUGCACACCGUCGAGAUGACCAACGAGCGGUGGUACCGCAACAUCCUGCCCAUUGGCGCAUUCUUCUCGGCCAGCCUCGUCUUCAGCAACAUGGCCGUCCUGACGCUGACUGUCAGCUUCAUGCAGAUGCUCAAGGCUUUUACGCCGGUCGCGGUGCUCCUCAUCUCGUUUGCCUUUGGCCUCAAGCAGCUGUCGGGCUCGCUCGUCCUGAUUGUGGGCGCCAUCUCGUUUGGUGUCGCCACGGCCUCGUACGGCGAGGUGUCGUUUGACCCGGCGGGCUUCGUCUUCCAGGUGCUGGCCAUCGUGUUUGAGUCGACGCGGCUCGUCAUGAUCCAGGUGCUCCUCCAGGGCCUCAAGAUGGACCCGCUGGUCAGCCUCUACUACUUUGCGCCCGUCUGCGCCUGCAUCAACGCCUGCCUGAUUCCCUUUACCGAGGGCCUGCAGCCGUUUAUGGAGAUUGCCAACCUGGGCCCGGCCAUCCUGCUGUCCAACGCUGGCGUCGCGUUUGGCCUCAACAUUGCCGCCGUCUUCCUGAUUGGCGCCGCCAGCUCCCUCACCCUGACGCUGGCCGGCGUGCUCAAGGACAUCCUCCUCAUCAUGGGCAGCAUGUUCCUGCUGGGCAGCACCGUCACCGGGCUGCAGUACUUUGGAUACGCCAUCGCCCUCGCCGGCCUGGUGGCCUUCAAGACGCACAAGGGGUGA